CUAUGUGUUUGUCGUGACGUCACGCCUGAGAGUAAGAGUCAGUCAUUGCAGCGACUGAUGGACUGAUUGUGUGAUUGCAUUGAAUGCACGACUACUUCAUCACUAGUGAUAUCAACACCAAUACAAGCGAUCGCAACACCAGUUACCACACAAUUAUCAUCACCGCCGCCGCUGAUACCCAAUCGUGUGAUCAUCAUAACCACCGAUCCCUGUGGCCAAUCGCCCACACAAUUACUCCGUCACCACCAGUGGUAUACCACACGAGAGCACCACUUCCUCGAGUGUCUCCUCCGCCCCGAAGUAGAGCUGAUCCGCGAUGUCGACGCCCGCCCGCAGACGACUGAUGCGCGACUUCAAGCGCCUCCAGGAGGACCCGCCCGCCGGAGUGAGCGGCGCGCCCACAGACAACAACAUCAUGAUCUGGAACGCCGUCAUCUUCGGCCCCCGGGACACGCCCUUCGAGGACGGGACCUUCAAACUGACCCUCGAGUUCACCGAAGAAUACCCGAACAAACCGCCGACCGUGCGGUUCGUGUCGAAGAUGUUUCACCCGAAUGUCUACGCGGACGGCUCCAUAUGUCUGGACAUACUCCAGAACCGCUGGUCGCCCACGUAUGACGUGUCGGCGAUCCUGACGUCCAUACAGUCCCUACUGGACGAGCCGAACCCGAACAGCCCGGCCAACAGCCUGGCCGCCCAGUUGUAUCAGGAGAACCGCCGCGAGUAUGAGAAGCGCGUGGCGGCGAUCGUCGAGCAGAGU